UGGGGCUGGGCGGAUCCAGGGCUCGGCCAAGCUGAGGCGGCGGCGCCCGGCCGUGCGCCCAGCUUGCAGGCGCCUGGCUCUCACGAUGAUGAAGAAGAAGAAGUUUAAGUUUAAGGUGGACUUCGAGCUCGAGGAGCUCUCCUCAGUGCCCUUCGUCAAUGGGGUCCUCUUCUGCAAGAUGCGGCUGCUGGACGGCGGCAGCUUCACCGCCGAGUCCUCCAGGGAGGUGGUACAAGCAAACUGUGUUCGCUGGAGAAAGAAGUUCUCAUUUAUGUGCAAAAUGAGCGCAAGUGCUGCCACAGGCAUCCUAGAUCCUUGUAUCUACAGAGUGUCUGUGAGGAAGGAAUUAAAAGGUGGAAAAGCUUAUGCAAAGCUGGGCUUUGCAGAUCUAAACCUGGCAGAGUUUGCUGGAUCAGGAAAUACCACUCGCCGCUGUUUACUGGAAGGCUAUGAUACCAAAAAUACAAGACAGGAUAAUUCCAUUCUUAAAGUUUUGAUCAGUAUGCAACUGAUGUCUGGUGACCCAUGUUUUAAAACGCCUCCCUCCACUUCAAUGUCUAUACCAAUUGCUGGCGAAUCUGAAUCUUUGCAAGAAGAUAGAAAAGGUGGAGAGACUCUCAAAGUGCAUCUUGGAAUAGCAGAUCUUUCAGCAAAGAGUGCCUCUGUUCCAGACGAACUUGGUGCCUGUGGACAUUCUAGAACAUCAAGCUAUGCAAGCCAGCAGUCAAAAGUAUCAGGGUAUAGCACAUGUCACUCCCGGUCAUCUAGUUUCUCUGAGCUCUGCCACAGAAGAAAUACCUCAGUGGGAAGCACAUCAACAGGAGUUGAAAGUAUUCUAGAGCCAUGUGAUGAAAUCGAGCAGAAAAUCACUGAGCCAAAUCUUGAUACAGCUGAUAAAGAAGAUACAGCUUCAGAAAAACUCAACAGAUGCCCAGUGAAACAAGAUUCUGUAGAAUCUCAGCUGAAGCGAGUUGAUGACACCAGGGUGGAUGCAGAUGACAUUGUGGAGAAAAUAUUACAAAGUCAAGACUUCAGCCUUGAUUCCAGUGCUGAAGAAGAAGGACUAAGGCUAUUUGUGGGUCCUGGGGGAAGUACAACCUUUGGCAGUCAUCAUCUUCCAAAUAGGGUGGGGUCUGGAGCUUAUGAACAAGUUGUGAUCAAACGCUAGAAGUCAAGCCGGUGAAAACAUUUCCCUGUGGAUUUAAGAUGUGAGUAGUUGAUGUAUCAAGGCAUUUUAUUCAAGCACUUAAUAGAAAAUGAACCUCAACUAUCAAGAGGAAAGCCAAUGCUGAUUUCUUCUCUGGAAGGACCCACCACCAUCCUGUAGCAGCCACCAAAGGGGAACAUCUGCAUGGCAGUCUCCAGGCACCGUGCUGCUAUGUGCCUUGGAAGCACCUGGCUUCUGUGGUCACUGCACAUGAUAAUGAAAAGCCUGCUUUGUCUUUUAGAACACCCCAGUGGAGAAAACAGCAUUAUACACAUCAGAGUAUCAUUUUAGGAUUCAAGUGUAAAAAUCUGUGAUCAAGGUGCUCAAUAGAUUUGGGCUCUAUGGUUUGGUUUUUUUAGUUUGAGA